CCUCCGAGCCUCGGCUCAGUUUUCACGGCAGCUUCACCAAGGAACCACAUGCAGAAUGUCCUGAAGAUACGCGGCAAAAGCACACUCGUAUAUUUCUCUCCUUGUUUAUCUCUCUCUCUCUUUCGUGCCUCUCGCUCCUGCAUGGUGGAAGAAAAAGGAUGACCCGCACGGCGGCGAAUAUGUAACCCCGGGGAUACCAGCGGUGCAUCCUUGAAAGAGACGAUCUUCGUGCUUCUGAAGAUUUCUGGGCAAAGUGCAAUAAGGUUAAAAUGUUAUCGCCACUGCUACUUCUGGGCAUGGCCCUGUACGUAAUGGGCGGCUACGUGCCACCCGGGCCGAGGUUCCGAUGUCCCAGAGAAACGAUGUACAUCUAUCCCUGCACUUGUUUGCGGGGCAGCGACAAAGGUCUGUACGUUCGCUGCGAAAACACGAAUUUGGCCAGCCUCAGCAUCGCCUUCUCGAAUCUGGGCAACGAGGGCAUGCCGAUCGAGGAACUGGUUCUGUACAAAUGUAACAUAGUGAGAUUUUACGGACCCGCCUUGUAUCCGUUGGACGUGCGAGUGCUGAAGUUCAUUGACACGCCGCUGAGGCUGAUCGAGAAGUACAGUUUUCUCGGCGUGAACAGAACCCUUCAGGAACUCCACGUGACAAACAGCAACCUGGAAAACUUUCCGCGCGAGGCACUGCAGAUCCUCGGUAAUCUCAGUCUGUUGAGCAUCACCGGCCACCGGAUGUCUGUCUUGCCGGGAAAUAGUUUUGGUGAAAGCGCGGCGGCCGCCAAGUUGGAAAAAUUGGAGAUCAGUAACGGCACGCUCUCUUCAUUGCCUGUGGAAGCGGUAACGCCGUUGAAAAAAUUGAAAUCGCUCGAUCUGCAUGGCAAUAAGAUAAAAGAUCUGAAGAGAAAUCAGUUUAAAGGACUGAGAGACACCGAAUUUUUGGAUCUGUCUCACAAUUUGAUCGACAAAUUGGACGCGUCUCACUUGGCCGAUCUCACCAAGAUGGGAUGGUGCAACAUGUCGCAUAAUGCUAUCACCGAUCUCAAGAGAGGAACCUUCGCUCGAAAUUCCGUGCUGAAGGUCUUAAAUUUGAGUCACAAUAAGAUCAGGAAGUUGGACUCGAACACUUUCCGCGGCAUGCGUUUUCUCAGACGACUGUACCUGAGCGACAACCAAAUCGACGACGUCGGUCGCGGAACCUUCGGAUCGAUCACCAGAAUCGGCAUCAUCGAUCUCGCUCGUAACUUCAUUAAAAAGAUCGACUUCCAGAUGUUCAAUCAGCUGCAAUUUGCCGAGCUUCUGGACGUUUCCGAGAAUUUUGUUACGGUUGUGGAGAAACUGGCGUUCAAAGAUCUCUAUCUGACCAAAGUAAAUCUGUCUCACAACGAAAUUUCGAAGAUCGAACCGAGCGCGUUCGAGAAUUGCGCUAAUAUCACGUUGCUGGAUCUCAGCCACAACAAAAUUGAGAACAUCUCCAAGUAUUCAUUCGACAGCACGUCGUACGCGAUGGAGUUGCAGCUGAGUUACAAUCUCCUCACGUCUCUAAAUCAGGUUCCGUUGCACAACAUGACGGGAUUGAAGAUCCUGAACGUUUCCCACAAUUUGAUACACUCCGUUCCACGACAGACUUUUCCUAAGUUGUACGAGCUCCAUACAAUCGAUCUUUCGCACAACAAUCUGUCCGAGAUUCACAACGCCAUAUUUCAAACGUUGUUCAGUCUGCGAUUUCUAAAUCUGUCUCACAAUUCUCUUGAGAAAAUCAAACCGUCCACUUUUGGCCCGCUGCCGACGCUUUUGGAACUCGAUAUGAGUUACAAUCAAUUGAACGACGUCGCGCGCGGUAGUUUGACUCGAUUGGCCAGCUGCAGAAGUUUGACGGUGAAGAAUAAUCAUCUGACAAAGAUCUUCCAACUGCCGAUUUCUUUGGGCUAUUUGGACUUUUCGGAGAAUCUACUGGAAGAAAUUCCGAGCACUGACGUCUGGCCCACGAUGAACGCGUUGCUUUCGCUAGAUCUUUCGCGGAAUCAGUUAGGCGAUAACCUGCAAGAAGGUAGCUUCGAAAACCUGCUGACCUUGAGAACUCUGAAUCUACAAGCGAACAAUAUCACGAAGCCGCCGUGGCAAGCGCUGAGCAGUUUGAGCAGUUUGCAGUAUCUUUACUUACAAGACAAUCACCUAACAAAAUUGGAGAAAACCGCCUUUGGUCGCUUGCCGAUAGUGUUCGAGCUGAACUUAGCGAACAACAACAUAAACAAUGUGACAAAUCGCGCAUUCGAGGGCCUGCUGCAACUUCUUACGUUGAAUCUGACGAACAACAACAUCAGUCACAUACCGAACGGCGCGUUUCAGGGUCUAGUGUCUCUGAGAACUCUCGAUCUGUCGCACAAUAAAUUGGAGAGGCUGGACAACAAAACGAACGGAUUGCUCGACGACUGUCUGUCGUUGGAGAGAGUCAAUCUGAGCCACAACAAGAUCUCGUUUCUCACUCGGAAAACUCUGCCGAACGAUCCCUGGAUCCCUUACAGACUAAAGGAGGUUGACUUAUCGUACAACGAAAUGCCGGUCGUCACAUACGAUCUCAUCGCCGGCGGCAAGAAGAUUCAAUAUUUGAAUCUCUCUCAUAAUAACAUUAAUGAGAUUAGGAGAUAUAUAAUUGGAAAUUUAACGUCUCUGCAAACUUUGGAUCUGUCGUACAAUGACUUAAGCGAUGUGUCCGAGCAAGACGUGUUUCUGCCGCCAUUAAAUUUGACCAAUUUACAUCUGAGUAACAAUCAUCUGAGUUACGUGCCUCUCGAUAAGAUUUUGCCGCUACCGAAUCUACGACUUCUCGAUAUUGAGGAAAACGAGAUUGGCGUCUUCGACAAGAAGUUUAUGAAGAUUAUCAAAAACGGCACGAUCCUCAAAUAUUCCGGAAAUCCAAUGCACUGUGAUUGUCACGCACGACCAUUGAAACGAUGGCUAAACGCUCAAACGAAAAUUCCGACGGAAUGGUCGAACGUGACGUGCCGGAGUCCGAAUUACGUUGCGAACAAAUUUAUCUCGGAAGUAACCGAGGAUCUCAUGAACUGCGGCGAACGGGACAUUAAGGAAGAACCCGAACUCGAUAUCAAUCCCGACGUAAAAUAUCGAAAUAUCGAGUACGAUACCGAAGACAAGAGCUGGAAAGCUACGUGGUACGUGACGUCGCACGAGGACAUCGGCGACUUCUACGUUGUGGUGCGAGAAUCCGGAAGCAGCAAGUCCAUGAUCGAGAAGGACGUCGUUUACAGCGAGCGAUCCUUCAGAAUUCACGAUCUGAAGGAAUCGAACGUCAAAUACGAGCUGUGCGUGCUUGCGCGCGACUCCGAGGGAAAUGUCAAGCACUACAGAAACUCGCAAUGUCAGAUUUUGAAUCAGCACAACUCCGGUUCGACCUUUAGCCCCAAGGCGAGCCUGUGCCUCGUGAUACUCGUCGCUUCCUUUCGCACGCUUAUGUGAGAGACUUUAAAUCUGCCGGAAAUAGCAUAUUCACAGCAUUAAAGAUGAUAUUUUGAAUGUUUUGGGAAAAAAAAAAAAACGGUAAAGUUGUACACGCGAUCAAAGUACGUUCACGUAUCGCUAGCUCAUUAAUUGUUUUCGGCUCACUCUUGCUAUUGUCUUCUCGCGUUGAAGCGACGAUCUUAAAGCAAAUUAAUAUAUUUUUCGUUAAAAAACGCAUAUAUAGCACGGUAUCACCUGCGUUUUGUACAUAAUUGUAUAUCUCGCUCGAAAGUAGAACGUUGAACGUUGUGUAUUAUUUAUUUUUGUAGAAAUAUAUACAUCUUACAUUAUACACAAGUCACGUUGCUUUCAUUUCACAUCGAAGUUUCUCGACCUGUGUGAAGAGGAACGCGAACCUAAUGACCGGAUUCGUGCCAAUAAAUUACGAUUGUCGGGUUAGAGAAGGAUGGUCGGCGAUUAGCGAACGAUUCGUCUUAAUAAGGACCGGCUCAAUCCCACGGAGAUUAAUCCGGCGUCGCGCGGCCGUCGCCGUGUGUGCCGCGGCGACUAAUAAAGCGCUCGCGACGCUGAGAAAAAAAUUCUCACGGAAGUCCCGAACAUACGCGUAGUAAGAUUUCAUUAUCUCGCGAAGGCUGUAAUUAGUAUCAACGAUUAGGCAGGUAACGCGUCUCGUCGCAUUAAAAAGAAAGAGAGAGAGAGAGAGAGAAGGAGGAGAGGGAGGACAGUCACUAAUGAGGGCGAAGAAACACAGGAGAGUCGUUAACUUCCGCAAAAGGGCACGCCGCGGGAUUUAUUAGCGUCAUCGGAAGUCGACGACGAUUUUUGUUUCCCCGACGCGUUUCGUUUUGGUUAAUUAUUCGCACUUCGUUAACACGCGAUUACCGGUUUGUUCGACGCGGCCUGGCCCACGAUAUCCAUGAGAGUAAGAGACAAUGCCCCUGCGCGCGCACGAGUGGCAAUCCACCAGGUCCGGCGGAUUAACGGGAAUUUAAAUUACAUGACGCACGGCGUACUUGAUUAAUAUUGCUUCGGUUGGCACACCGGAAAAAAAAAAAAAAAAA